AUGUCAUAUCAUCGAUCAUCUUGUUUUCUUUUUGAAUCCUUUCAUUUUAUAAACGAGAAAUCCAUCGAAAGACAUACCAUGUCAACAACUGAAAAAAGUGGUGAAGAGAUCGUUACAUACAGCGAACUACUCGAACAAAUCGAUGAUGAAGAAGCGGAAUUAGAUCGAGAACGAGCACUGUAUGGAAAUUGCGAUACGGAUACAUGUACAUACUCUCAAGGAUAUGUGAAACGGCAAGCCUUAUUUGUUUGUAUAACAUGUUAUAAAAAUGGAAAUGAACAGUUCGCUGGUAUUUGUGCAGCAUGUGCGUAUCAUUGCCAUCAAAAUCAUGAAGUUAAUGAAUUGUACACACGAAGAUUCUUUCGUUGUGACUGUGGAAAUUCGAAGUUUCCGAACCAACCAUGUAAAAUUUGUCCUAACAAAGAUCCGGAAAAUACUGCCAAUAAAUACGAUGACAAUUUCCGUGGUUUGUAUUGCACAUGUAAACGUCCGUAUCCAGACAAGGAAUCACCGACCGAUGAAGAUACCAUGCUUCAAUGUAUGAUUUGCGAAGAUUGGUUUCAUAGUCAACAUUUGGGCGUUCCAUUGCCAAUGGAAGAAAAUGAAAGUGAUCAAAUGGAUAUGAUCUGUCAAACAUGUGUAAAUAAACAUCCGUUUUUAAGUCACUAUGAUGAAUCUCGUGCAGUCACUUCGCCUCCGGUGGAAAAUAAUGCUGUUGCUAGUAGUACUCCAUUGUGCCUACUCAGUUCCAACAGUGGCAACGUAAACAGUAACGAACUUCAUACAAUUUUCUUGCGUGAUGGUUGGCGAAAACGGUUAUGUCGCUGUGAUCAAUGUUGUAAAUUAUAUGAUGAUGUUAAUUUAACAGUUGUAUUUAAUGACGAUGAUGCUGUACAAGAAUAUGAGAAACAAGCAUUGGCAAAGAGUGAAAAUCUCGAUGGCGACAAGCUACUGGCCGAUUCAUUGAAAGGACUUGAUCAUGUAAAAAAACUAGAAGUACUCCAAGGUAUUAACGAUUUCAAGAAGUCACUAGGCGACUUUCUUCGAGGAAAAGCCAAUGGCGAUGGAGUAUUAACCGCUGGUGAUGUCACAACCUUCUUUGCCGGCUUGCAAGAAAAACGCAAAGAACAACAACGAACGACAUUUAUGCCACCAGAUAGUUGUAAAUUUUAA